GAUGCAUUGAACUAAUUUCUCCAUUCUGCAGUCUGAAAGUGAAUCGUAAACGUUACCACCGAAUUUCCGCAUCACAUUAAGCAUUAGAAAUGCUUUGCUGGGCAGUUGAGGAUAAAAAUUUAUUAUCGCGCUUCCCCAGUAUAUAUGCGAAAACGGAAUCCGUUAAAGAGUUAAUGUUGAAAUCGAGUAUACCCAUUCCAUGGAGUACGGCUGGUGCGCCGCCUUGCAUGGAGCCCGUCUCGGGGCCGUCGGUGCCACCGCGUGUUGGCAUCUCUUAUCAGACCAAUCAUCCGCAUCCAUGGCGACCGACAUUGGCGUACGAAAUGAUUGAGGUCAAGAACUUAGCUGAGCAACCAGUAACCAAUCAGUUAGUUAAGCCGUGCUUCACGCCCUCCGGCAUGACUACAGAGCCCAUGAACUUUCCCAACUUGGUGACGGGUUUCGAACGCAAUCCACAGCACGCUGCCCGCGCGGCGCUCUUCACACGCUAUACCAACAACGAAUGGGUUAAUAGCAAUCUUACCAAAUAUGCCGAAUCCAAUAUAAAUCGUAAUCAGUCGGAGCGCUUGCGUAAUGAUGCCGUGCGUUUAAUGCGCGAAACCGAUGAGAAGACUUCACAAGGGCAGCGUGAUGCCGGACGGCGUUUAGGUGAACGCAUAACGGACGUAACAUUCUGGCGCAACGAGUUGAAUACCGAGCUGGAUAAAUUGGUUUCGGAAUCUGCGGCGAUUUCCGACUUAAAGCGUCGUUGCGGCAAAGCCAUGUUGGAUUUAGAGGCGCCUUUGCAUAUCGCGCAGGAGUGCUUGUAUCAUCGCGAAGCGCGUGCGGGUGUGGAGAAGGUGCAUGAUACGGCUGAGAAGGCCUUGUUGCUAGAGAUCGACAAUAUACGAAAUUCGCGGGAUAAGCUCAAGGAACUACAUGAAAAGAUCACACGACAAGCUAAUGACUGCCGUGCCGCUCAGCACUUGUUGGAGGAAGAUGUCUCGCACAAAGAGUCAACACUGGGUAUUGACUCCGUUUGCCACCAGUUGAAUAAUUAUAGCCGUGGUAUCACUUACUAUGGUGGCAUUGAAAAAUACGAUCCGAGCAUAAGCACACAAGAAUCAUGGGCUGAGGCGAGCAGUCAACGCGUUAGCAGAUCUCAAGCCGAGCGCGCCAAGCUCUCUCAACUACGCAGCGAUGCCGAAACUAUUGUCAAUGCCAUCGCUCAAUCUGUAUGGGAUCAUUGGAGUAACACGAAUAAUGCUUUGGAUCGUCGCUCACAAGAGAUGAACGAGUCCAAGAAUAAGAUACAGUUACAUUUGCAUAAGGUGCAACAGGAAUUAUUCGAUCUGGAGAAGCACAUUUUCUUAAUACAAAAGGCGAUACAAGAUAAAUCGAAUCCUUUGAAGGUCGCACAAACGCGUUUGGAAGCGCGUUCUCAUCGAGAAGGCGUGGAGCUAUGCAAGGACUGGGCUCAAUUGCGGCUGGUACAAGAAGUACAAGAUAUACAAGAUACCGUUAAAAAUCUACAUCACAAGUUGCAGGAAGCUGAGGCUCAGCACCAGAACUUACUAAAAACCCGUUCAACACUCGAGGCGGACCUGCGACGGAAAGUGAAUGCCUUGUUUAUAGAUCGUGAAAAAUGUAUGGGACUUAGACGCUCGUUCCCCGUAAAUAAUUUGAUAAAAUAUUAAAUUGUAAAUGUUGGAAAAAUUUGUUAGUUUGUAAUUGCAAGUGAAUAAAUGGAAAA